UUCAGUUGCAUCUCAGACGUCGCGACGGCAGCACACGCGUCGCUCCCCCACAGAGAAAACUCUGAAGAACAUACAGUAGAAAAUCACGCAGAGAACGCACAUAGAAAUCUGAAAAAUAUCCCAACCAAUAACAAACAAACGCGAUACUCGCGGCGUUGCCAAAAAAAAGUGUUUCAAAUGUUUAAAAGAUAAAGAUAAUAAACCCAAGGCCCUUUGCCCAAAUGGCCGCCACACGUGUGUGCUUCAUAAGAAAUACAAAAUAAUAAUUAAAAUAAAAAAACCAGAAGAACCCGCAUACAAAUCCAAAACCUAAAAAACAAAACUAUCCGAAUCAAAAGUAAAGCAAAAGUGUUACAAUAAGCAUUCCAAAUGUUGUCCUGUUUGGCGCCGUCGUCUUCACGUUUCGGCCAAGAGGAUACCAUCAUUCAGCAGAGCAUGCCAUCCACCGCCUUCACCAUGCAGUUUCCCUCGCUGGCCUCCACUUUGCUCCACAGCCACAACCAGUCGCCGAAGCACAGCAAUCCGGGUUCCAGCGGGAUCCAGGACGCCCAUCCCAACCAGCCAGGUGCAGCUGCAGAUGCCUUUUUGGUCAAGUGCACCCAGUGCCCCAAGCGCUUCACCGAGUUUCACUCUCUUAGCGAGCACAUUAUUAGCGAACAUCCCCAUGACAAGCUGAACUGCGGAGCUGCUCAGCCGGAAAGCGAUGCCGAGGAUGAGCAGAGCAACCUGAGCGGUAGCAGUAGGCGGUACGCCAAAUCGCCGGCCACCAGCAACAACAACAACAAUAACAUUAGCAGCAACACCAAUGCCAAUGGCAAUAACCAGUCGAUUAACAACAACAACAGUGAGCUGGCCAAGAACCACAAUAAUACGAACAAAAUGUCGCCAAUGUGCUCACCUGGCUCGCUGACCCCCGGUGACCUCUUCGCCCAACUGCCACACCCACCACCCCAUCUGCCCGCCCACCUGCACGCCCAAUUCAUGGCCGCCGCCGCCUCCUUGGCCAUUCAAUCCGCCCGAUCCGCCAGUUCGCCCAACCAGCAGCAACAGCAUCAGCAACAGUUGCAGCAGCAACACCAGCAACUGCAACACCACCAGCAGCAGCAGCAGCAGCAACAACAGAUGGCCCUGCAACUGCUGCCACCUCAGCUGCCUGGUAGCAAUAGCAGUGUGGGCAGUAACUCCGCCUACGAUCUGGAUCUGAGUGCCCCACGAUCCACCUCCAGUCCGGGCUCCACAACUGGGGAUCUGAAUGGCGCCUAUCCCUGCAUGCAGUGCACCGCAUCCUUCGCCAGUCGGGAGCAACUCGAACAGCACGAGCAACUCCACUCGCCCUGCGGACAAACAUCGGUUACUAAUGUCUCCCAGACCUGCCGAAUUUGCCACAAGGCGUUUGCGAAUGUCUACCGCCUGCAGAGGCACAUGAUCAGUCACGACGAGAGCGUGCUCCUGCGGAAAUUCAAAUGCAAGGAGUGCGAGAAGGCCUUCAAGUUCAAGCACCACCUCAAGGAGCACGUGAGGAUCCAUUCCGGCGAGAAGCCUUUCGGAUGCGACAAUUGCGGCAAGAGGUUCUCGCACUCUGGCAGCUUUUCCUCGCACAUGACCUCGAAGAAGUGCAUCAGCAUGGGGCUUAAGUUGAACAACAAUCGUGCUUUAAUGAAGAGACUAGAAAAAAGUCCGGGCUCUGGAUCUACGGGAUCCCGUCGAUCUCCCUCAGAUCACGGAAAGGGAAAACUGUCGGAGCAGCAGCCAACGCUGCCGGGAUUGCCCCAUCCUCUGAGCUAUUUCGCCAGCGAUGCCCAGGCACAAGGUGGAAAUGCGGCACCGACGCCCUUCCAACAUUUCAACCCCACCAACUACAUGAACGCGGCCCUUCUGGCUUUUCCUCAUAACUUUAUGGCUGCUGCAGCUAGCUUGAAUCCCCAAGUUCAUCCUUACAGCAUUCAGAGAUUGCUGCAACUAUCGGCUGCGGGUCAGCAGCAUAGGGAGGAGGAGCCAGAGCACCAGCAUCAGCAGCAGGAGGAGGAGGAGAUCCACGAUGAACCCAAACUGGUGAUGGAUAUCGAAGAGCCCGAGGCAAAAGAAAGGGUUCCCACACCUGAAGCCGCUGAAGAAGCAACUUCCAUUAAGCGGGAAGCCAGCAGGGAAGCUUCGCCAGCUCCAGAAAGUUACCUAACAUCCCCACAAGCGAUCAAACAGGAACAGGAGCACCUAAAUGUGGCAGAAGAAGUCCAAUCUCCCGAGGAAGAACCGCCUCAAGUAGAGCAACCCGCAGAUCUGCGCUGCAGUCGCUGCUCCAAACAGUUUAAUCAUCCAACAGAGUUGGUGCAACACGAAAAGGUCCUUUGUGGCUUGAUUAAGGAGGAGUUGGAGCAACAUUUCCAGCAGCAACAACAGGGCAAUUCUUUUAACCUGGCCUCUGCCAGCGAAGAAGAUGAGGAAGACGAGGACAUGGAGGAGGAGCCCCGGCAGGAAAGUGGCGAAAGGAAAGUCCGUGUGCGAACGGCCAUUAAUGAAGAGCAGCAGCAGCAGUUGAAGCAGCACUACUCCCUGAAUUCCCGACCCAGCCGAGAUGAGUUCAGAAUGAUUGCCUCCCGUCUCCAGUUGGAUCCGCGUGUGGUUCAAGUCUGGUUCCAGAACAAUCGCUCCAGGGAGCGAAAGAUGCAAAGUUUCCAGAGCAAUCAAGCCGCCACUCCAGUGACUAAUGAAUCGCAAACAUCUCUAACCCGGGAGGAUCAACCUUUGGAUUUGUCUGUGAAAAGGGAUCCAUUAACACCCAAAAGUGAGAGCUCACCACCUUAUAUGGCUCCCGCAUCGGGAGAACCCUUAAAUCCCGAAGCCAUUAAUCUGAGCAGGAAAUUCUCCCCAUCCGCAUCGAUGUCCCCAGCCUCGAUUUCACCGUCAUCCGCGGCAGCCUUGUACUUUGGAGCUGUACCGCCGCCUUCGCCACCAAAUAGCCAACUGGAGGUAACUCCUCGAAGUGGUCAGGCCUUUCCGGGUUUACCCUACAUGCUGCCUAUGCCGCUACCCAUGGAGGCGCUGUUUAAAAUGCGUCCGGGUGGAGAGUACGUCCCUAACCAUCCCCUGAUGAACAGUAUUAAGAUGCCCGAUUACCGGGGCACCAGUUUGAGUCCCGGAGGAUCGGAGAAGCGAUCGUGGCGUGACGAUGACUCGCGCAUCUCGCACGAGGACGAGUUUGGAGGCCUGAUGCCACCGAAACCCAAGAGGGGCAAGGCGGAGACCCAUGGUCAUGCGGGCGAUCCCGAUCUGCCCUACGUUUGCGAUCAGUGCGAAAAGGCCUUCGCCAAGCAGAGCUCCCUGGCACGCCAUAAAUACGAGCAUUCCGGUCAACGACCCUACCAGUGCAUGGACUGCCCCAAGGCCUUCAAGCACAAGCAUCACCUCACGGAGCACAAGCGCCUGCAUAGCGGCGAGAAGCCCUUCCAGUGCUCCAAGUGCCUGAAACGAUUCUCGCACUCGGGCAGCUACAGCCAGCACAUGAACCACCGGUAUUCCUACUGCAAGCCCUACAGGGAAUAGGUAAGCGACACCUCAGUGCCGCCCACCUGCCAAACAGGAGCAACAGUUCCCUCCCAACCGCCGGCGACGAUGGCCAACAAUCGUGGGCGUCGUCGAGUUCAGGUUCCGACGGGGAAUCCGACUUAUCCGCCGCAUCAUCAGCAUCCCCACCAUCCACAUUUGGCGGCCAUGGCCGCCUUUCAGCAGCAGCAGCAUCAACAUCAUAGACUCCCCUGGAACGGAGCUGGGGUGAUGCUACCGCCGCCCAAUCAACAGCAACAUCGUCCGCCGGCUCCACAUCCGCCCCCUUUACUUUCGGGAGCGGCAUUUGGUCAGCCUCCGUCGGCGCAGUUCUUUCACCAUCAUUCGGGAUUGCUGCCUCCACCGCCGCCACCUAUGCCGCAGACCACGCCCUCGUCCACGCCCGCCUUCGACUUCUUCAAUGCCAAAAUGUUUCCAAAUUAAGCUAAGCCAGCACUUACAGGCUGUACUUAAAAAAACAGACGAACAGAAAAUCUCAAAAUGUGCAGGAACACACCGAACAGCAACACCCCCAAAAAAUGCACUUUAGACAGAGUCAGUGUCAAAAAGCAAGAGAGAAAUAUUUUUUAUAGCCAUAUAACCAGGAAAAGAGAAGCCGUAGUUUAAAAAAACUUUCGUAUGAGCGAAUUUAUUAUUUUUACAAUGUUGCAACCACUUUGUUUUUAGUAUUUUAUUAAUUUACCUUUACCGCCUAAGUUCGAGAAAAGGGCAAAAUAUUUUUGUUUGGUCCCGACUCAUUUGAAGAUAUCGUUUUAUCUAUUUUUUUAUUCAUUAAUGUUUUAGUUACUAGUUUUAGGAGCUGGAGAAACCAGUACCAAGUGCUGCAGAAUACUCAAAACUCAAAUCGUUAAGAGCCCACUCCUAAAUGGAAUAAAUGUAUAUUAUAUACGAUUAUGUAUUCUUUUAAGUUGUAACUUUUAGUUUCGGUUAAGCGUUUCGAGCCGAUGCAAAGCAGCUCGAAAGGAAUUUUCCACCCACAACCUCCGGACCAAAACAGAAAUGCAAAGAAAACCAAGAAAAUACUAGCAGACAAUACCGAGACAGACCAGAGAUACAAAAGUAUUAAGCAGCGAAACUGUAUUAAAGCCACCACAUUGUAAAGUCCACGCCUACACCGCCCCCCAUUCGUAUAUAGUUUAUGUUAAAUGGAAAACCCACCGCUUGCCGCGCGUUUCAAGCUCUCUUACUUAAGGAAAAAAUCCCCCAACAAUCUUUCUCGAACUACGCUUUAAAUUUCCCUUUUUAAAACCCAUUCGCGAAAUGAGCACAAAACAACCUACAAGAUCAUUCCAUUUGGCCAGAGCCGCGCCCCAAAAUAAAAGGUGCAACUCAUGCAUUUAAGGCCUCCGGCUGCCGCUUGCCACUCGUCGACAACCCACUAAAUCUAAUGCUAAACUAAAACUAAUGCUAACUAAUAUUUAAUAUAUACGAAACGAAAACAAAAACUUAAUUUGGCCUUAUUAAAGAUUAUUUAACGAUUAAAAAACGUUUCAGAAUAUUCAAAAAAAAAAAUACUAGCAUGUAAAAUUUAAACGAAAACCUUUGGAAAAGUCUCGCGAAAAAUCUAUUAGCAAAAUUCCAUGUGCGUAUUAAAUGUAAAAAUCAAAAAACGGAAAAACCAAAGACCCUAUUAACUAUCGAAAUGUUUGCCAUGACAAUAAAUUUAUGACUAAAUAAUUGAUAAUGCUUUCGAUUUCUGCGCUAGCCAAAAAACCAAAGAAUCAAGUCAACUUUCAAUUAAAAUUGUUUUUUACUCAGCCACAAACUAUAAUUAGUUAGAAAACAAACAACAAGGUUUCCAGAACAACGAACAUUUCUUUUUUGAUGUUUAACUUGUCCAAGGAAUUUUCGCCCAUGAUUUUUUUGCUUUUCCAUACACAAAAAAAAUCGAGAACAACAACUCACAAAAAAAUGCAUUUAAUACUUAAUUAAUUUUUAUAUAUUUGUAUUUUUAAUGAAAAGGAGAAAGGAUUGCAUGGUCGAUCAUAAGUAUAUAUGUGUAAAUACAUAUAUUUUUUGUAAAUUAUUUCGCAAGAACAAAAGCUAGAGAAUCCAAAACCAAAACAACGCAAACUGUUAUACUCGAGUUGAAAUUCUUCCGAUUUCAAAUACAGCCAGCACACGUUAGCAUAAAUUUAACAAUAAUUACUAUUACAACCGUAAAUACUUAGCCUAGUUAAAAAAAACCCUUAACAACAACAGAAUGUUAACUUAAACACUAAAAAAAAGAAACACUUAUUUUUAAGCGCAAAUACUAUGUGGUUUGUGAUGGAUAUUUGCACUCUAGGGCCUUAUAUGAAAUACACUACACUACAUAACACUCACGUACAUAAACAUAAACAAUUGUUAGUUAUUUAAAUACGAUACACACACUUAAUUGGAGGACGAUCGUUUUAAUGUGUUCCAAACUCCGAAACUCCAUCUUCUCUAUUGUCCUACUCCCAAACUCUCUGUUAAAGUUGUUCACCUCACUAUAUGUGUAAAUAUGCGGAGCAGGAA